AUAAUUAGACUCUCUCUCUCUCUCUCUUCAUUUUCACUCUGCAACAAUGGUGAGAGGCUCCUCUCAGUCACAAUCCUCAUCAUCUCCCAACUCACGACCUGGCCUCGUUGCUCGGCUCGGCUCCGCUACAGCCACAGCUGGAAUACUCCACCGCCGACCUAGAGGAACUACUACCAAAGGUACUGGACCAACCUCGACCCAGCUCCUCCCUUCUCUCGGUCUCGAUCUCCCUCUCGAACCAAAUCAGGGACAGCAGUCCGUCCCAAAGCAGAUCGGCAUCUCCCUCUCGAACCUAAUCGGGGACUGUUAGUUAUUUUCCCCUUUAAUUUAUUUUCAGCUUGAAAACUCAAAAAUCAAAAAGCAAUUGGAACGUUGAAACUGUUGGACUGCCGAGGGUCGAUUGCAGCAGGUUAGGACUACAUCAGCGUUUCGAUAUCAGAUGGUUAUGCAAAUCGAAUAACCAUCUUGAAUAUAUGGCUUUCUCAGAUGGCUGCCGCAACAUCAAACAAAGUUAAUAACAACAAAGAAUUUAGAUACUCUGAUAUAGAGGAAGAAACCCUACAAUUUAUAUUGGAUAGUUGCGAAUCUAGCAUAUCAAAGUACAACAAAUUCCUACAGGAAAGUGGAUCAUUGGAUGUAGAUGUGUUAUCACCUAAGCAACUCAACCGAAGGUUGUUUCUAAAACAACUAGUUGUAGAUCUAUGUACAAAUGAGCAAAGGAUACUGUUUCGGCCCAAUAUGUAAGCCAGUAGAUCUCAAUGAUUUGAGAAGAAUUCAGAAUAUUGUGAAUGAUCAAAUUGCGGCAAAAUUAGAUGUCUUUUCAAAGGAGGUCUACCCAAAUCAAGUUAGAGUGGUAGCAAUUGGGAAGAAAAUUGACAACUUUCUGGCUGACCCAGAAAAUGAUGAAUGGACCUCAAUUUUUGCAGAACUUUGCGGAGAAGCCAAGGCUUUUGCAAUUUUAUCUAAAGAGGGCAUUGCUAAAGGGAUUAGAAGAAUAAUUUCUGUUACAACUGAUAAGGCUUCUGAAGCAAGAGAAUUGGCCAACUUUCUUGAGAAGGAAGUAGAUGAUGCAUCCAAGGGAAGGCAGCUUGCUAGAAAAGGAACCUGCAUUGGCAAGUUCUGUGAAAGGAUAUGGAUAUAGUUGCCGAAGUUCUUGGUCCACCACACGUUCACUUUAUGUGAAAGGAUUUGGGUCGUUGCCUAAGCUCAAGGUCGUUGCCUAGACCUCUCGCGCCACUGCAGUUUGAUUAUGUUGGAUCUAAUUGGGCAGAGGUGGGAGAUAAUAAAUUAAUAAUGGUCAUGGCAAUGAUGAUAUUGAUGAUGACGAAAUCGAUUUGUAGUAGUAUACUAGUAUUUAUUUUAUUUUAGUUGAGAAAAUUAUAUUUAUGUUGAUAUUUUAAACGUAUAUUUAUUUACUAACUUUUUGACAAUUAUAAUAAUAUAAUUAUAAUAAUAUUAUGUA